AUACGUCAGUAACGAAACCUUUGAUUUUUAUUUUUUAUCGUCCAUUGAUUUCUUUUCCAUCAAAACAACUACCGUACGUACUGGAUCAGACGAACCUUUCGAUCACACAUCAAACAUGCAUAUGCUCACAAACGGUACCGUGCAAUUGUUGAUCACUUUUCUCUAGACCACUGAACUUCAAACUUACAAACCGGCUCGAGAAGUCUUUCCUUUUCUUUGGUUCAAAGAAGCGCUAAAGGCUCUGUUUAAAAAUGAAAAACCUAGUGCUACUGGGAGAAAUUAGGAAGAAACUGGACCAGGCCUCUGCUCCCGCCUCGGAAGCAGAAGAUAUUGUGAGCCUCUGCGAAGUUUUGCCCCACAACUAUGAAUCCGAGUCAUCGACGGUUGUCUUGACAGAAAAUGGAAUAGUAACAAAGGUCACGGAGGAUGGAGAUGUUCUGUGGACGUGCAACAUCGAAGAAGCCACGGAGGAUGUUGGCGGUGGCUGGUUUGAUGUAUCCUUUGUCGAUCCAGAACUGGUUUGCUUGUCGCGGCGCGGUGCGAUUGUGACCUUGGAUCCUACAACGGGAGAAGCAGAACUCGUCGGUGUGUUCGACCAAGGCCUGGAGGCUGCAGCGUGGAGUCCGGACAAGGAGGUUCUCCUCAUGGUGACUUCUAUCGAAGAGGACGAAGACGAAGACACCGAUCAAAACAAAGAUCCCGAGAUCAAUUCUCAUCUCAUGACAAUGAAUUCUAGUUUCGAGGUGCUGGCCGAAAUCAGGAUACCAAAGUAUGUACCCUCGUCGACAUCGCCGGAGUCGAAGAUAUCGGUGGCGUGGAGGCCCGACGGUAGCCUGUGUGCCGUAAGCAGUGUCGACGCCGAGGAUUCGAUGCGAAAUGUUCGUAUCUACAAGCGGGAAACACUAGAAGUUCAUGCGAUCGGACGAUCGGAAGAUGCAAGCGGCGCACUGGUGAAAAAUCUCCAAAACGCUAGUAUUGGUUGGGCCGGUACGGGCUGCUCCCAGCUCUUGGCGGCUGUCCAAAGAAAGGGGAAAAAGACCCAGCAAGUCGUUUUCUUUGAAUCGAAUGGUUUGCGGCACAGAGAGUUUGUGCUUCGUGAAGCUCCGUCUACAGCCGUCUCAUCGCUAAAUUGGAAUUCGACGUCUGAUAUACUAGCUGUUAGUCUUCGGGAAGAAGACGGAUCGGAAAAAGUUCAGCUAUGGCAUCGAUGCAACUACCAUUGGUACCUAAAACAAGAGCUCAGGUUUUGCAGUCGUCAAUUGCGGCUGGUAAGGUUUAGCAAAGAAAAUCCGCACGAAUUGUUGAUUCUAUUGUCCAGUUUGGAAUGGAGAAAAUACGAAGUCAGGUGGGAUCCGAGCACUGUCCUGACUUUUGAAGAGAAGAGUAUGGCAUUUGUGGUGGAUGGUUCCUCUUUGAAUUUAACUGCUUUCCAGAAAGCGCUGAUCCCACCACCCAUGUGUGCCAACAGUUAUGUAAUGGAUUUCCCAAUCACCGACAUUGCCUUUUGUAAGGAACAUCAUCGUCUUGGUACCUCUUUGGUCCGUAUUUCAAAUGGUGAUCUUGUCCUCCUCGAACACACGAGAGGGACAGUAUCCUCUUUCAGUCAAACGAAGGUUCUGUGGGGUAAUACAAAAGACAUUGAUCACUAUUCUCUCCGUUCCUUCGUUAUAAUCGGGGCUGAAGGAAACAACCUUCAUCUUGUGGCAUUUCAGUCAGCUUCAUGUAAUGAAAGAAACGACAAAAUUGUAGAAAUUACCGUAACUGGCUUAGACACCCAGGAGCCUAGAUCGGAUGUUGUCGGUAGCUACUUCCUCGAAGGUCGAGUGCAGCGUGCAGUCCAGUGGUCAGAUGCGAUGGAUGGCUGCAUCCUUCAGUUGCAUGAUGGAUCGCUGGUUGAAUACGAUAGGUCCAGACACACCAGAGUCAUGCCAUCUGAUAUGGAGCCACUGUUAGAGUUGUGUCCCUGGAUAAGUGCAAUCAAGGAUGUUACUCCUUUCUGUGACUCGGAGUAUAGCAGGUCAGGGUUUGUAUUUGGCCUAUCAUCAAAAUCCCGGCUUUAUUUGAAUGAUGUAAUGCUUGCAGAUUCCGCGUCAUCUUUUUUCCUGACGUUGAACCAUGAGUUCUUGAGCUAUGUCACAACCGGAUCCAGAUGUCAAACUCGCUUCUUGCCAUUGAAAGAAGUUCACGCCUUUGACGCUCUUAUGGGACCUGAGCAAAAUUACGUACUAGAGGGCUAUGAGCCUCGCAAUGUAGAACAAGGUGCUCGAGUUGUCGCUAUCUUGCCUCAGCAACCACAAAUGAUACUUCAAAUGCCCAGGGGAAAUCUUGAGAGCAUUUAUCCCAGAGCACUUGUCCUCCAAUUUCUGAUGUCGAAGAUUACUGCCGGGGCAUAUGYCGAGGCUUUCCGGAUGAUGAGAAAACAUAAGGUAGAUCUAAAUUUGAUUGUUGAUCUGCACCCGAAAGACUUUCUAGGAAGGGGAAUCGCAUCGUUUGUGAAGAAGGUCGACACCAUAGAUUAUUUGAAUCUAUUCAUCUCCACACUCCAGAACUACGAUGUAACGCAAGCAAGGUUUCCGGUUCCAACUUGGAUUCAAAGUUCGGACGAGAAAGUUAAGGAAUCUGAGUCUUUCGACUUUUCAACAAAAGUCAAUAGMAUAUGUAGGAAGGCCCGUUCUGUGAUGAUCGACAUCGAGAUGGCAGGGGAGAAACCGAAUGGAUACUAUCUAUUGCCAGUUCUUUCAACGUUUGCAAAAGAGAACCCACCCAAACUAGACCAAGCUCUGAGCCUAAUUAAGGACAAUGCACUAMGAUUGAAUAMGACCAAGCCAUCCGCGAAUCCCCUCUUCUCAGAAACCGCCCAAAAUUCGAUCAAAUAUCUCGCGUUUCUCGCCGAGUACGAACUUCUUUUCGAAACGGCGUUGGGCAUGUAUGACUUUGAAAUAGCAAGAGCAGUUGCACGAAAUUCCCAAAUGGAUCCAAAGGUUUACCUCCCACUGCUCAAGCGAUUUAACACCCUCCCCAUGUAUUUUUCUAGGCACGAAGUCGACAUGCGCCUGAAGAGAUACGACUUGGCUUUAAAGAAUUUAUACGAGUCAAAUGCCAGGAACGAGACACUGGAUUGCUUUCCUCAAUACGAAGUUUUGGAAGGCAAUUCGUUCGAAGCUUGUAUGAAACUGAUUAACGAGCGCAAGCUUCACAAAUUAGGGCUUGAGUUGUUUUCGUCGGAUACCGAGAAAACAAAAAUUGUGUUGAUGGCACUUGGGAAGAGCCUCAUGGGAGAAAGCCGCCCCUCAACUGCUCUGGCUGUGUACCUAUCGACAGAACCUCCCGACAUUGAAGGAGCGAUGAAUGCUGCGAGAAGCGCGCAUGACUGGAAGACCUAUUUUUCUCUCCUCGAAUCCAAAGACAACGAGGAACCCAAAGACCAAGACGAGUUCCGAAUCGAACGGCGUAGACAAACUGCCAGAGAGAUUGCCAACGAGAUCAAAGCUUCGGCCUUUUCUCCGCAAACUGUGCGACAAGCUAACUUGGAUGCGUCUCGGUUGCUGUUGGACUACGGAGAUGACUUGAUUGGGGCGGUUGAUUGUUUAACAACUGCACAGAGCUGGUCAGAAGCUUACCGAGUCGCCACCCUUCAUUCCAGAAAGGACUUGAUGAAACGAUGCGUGGAUAGCUCAAUAGCCUUUGCUCACAUGUCUAUAGAUAAUUUUAUUGAUCGAGUCGAAGAAUUCAAUAAAACAAAUCUAAAAUACUUCGAGGUUCUAAAGCUACGGAAACAAAAUGUGCUCCUGCAAGGUCCAGAGCCAGCGGGAUCGGUUGGAGAUGAAACCGGGAGUCUUUUUUCUUUGGCUUCCAAUGCCUCGAACACGAGCCUGCGGAGUUCCGCGAGCACCUCGAGUACGUCUAGUGUGGGCAGCAAUGUUUCGAGUGUGAUCAGUAUCAAGACGGCCAACACGUUUUCGAUGACCGGUGGGAAGGAUGGAGAUCGCCAUCGAUCGAAAUUCAACAAAGGAAAGAAGAAGAAGAAACAGGGCAGAAAGAAGAAACCCCGAAGAAAACCAGGAAGUGUAGAAGAACUCCAAGGAUUGGUAGGUACCCUAAAGUCGUCCUGUCCAGACUCGGACUAUAGUGCUACAAUCACUGGAACAAUUCAGUUUCUGGUGAUCGUCCAAAACCUUGCACUGGCCAAAGAACUUUUCGACGCCUACAACCGCCUGCAAGAAUCCAUUGAAAAGUCUCAAUCAGAGCGGCUGGAAAACGUAGCAAAGGAUAAGAAGGAAGCAGAAGGGUUGACUCGAUCUCACGGCGUGGAACACGAUUUGAAUCACAUUCUGAUCGAUCUUCCUAUAGAGAAGGAAGUCGAUGCAUUGGCGUGUGCUCCACUCGCUUCGAGUAUAUCCGACUUCUUUGAUUUCCUGCCUCACUAGAGCACUUCCGAUCGACUUUACUURGUGCACAC